AUGGCACACAACAACACCUUGACGAUUGCAACAGAUAUGGAUCUGGACGCCUCGAUGUCACUGAUGUCGCCUAACAUGCCCCUCCACACCAUCCCCGAGUUCCCCGACGAAGAUGAGUUCGAGGAUAUCUCUCAGGGAGUGACUUCCUCACAACAGCAGCUUGCAUCAACAUUGUCACUGCAAGAGAGGAGGAAUAUCCUGAUCACUAGGAGCGGAGCCGACGACGAUGAUGAGAGAAAUAUCAAAAGCGACGGGCGGUGCUUUGAAGACGAGACGCAGAGCAUGUCGUGGACAUACGGCGAUAAUACCGAAUCACCAUCACUACCAUCGCCGUCUUCAACAGCAGCAACAACAGCAACAGAAGCGGCAAUGACGAAGGCUGGAGGUCGCUCAAACCGACUGUCAAUCAACCUAUCUUUCCUCUCUCCAUCAUCCCCUUCCUCCGCCUCCUGCUCGUCCGCAUCAUCAUCCUCCCCGCCUUCGGCAUCCUACUCCUCCUCGUCAUCAGCCAUGUCAUCUCCUGGCGGCGGCGCGAUAUCGCCCAUCCUGAACCCUUUCCAAUGGACCUCGGACUUGCGCCAAUACAUCAUGACCGAUAUUGGACCCCAACCCUCGAACAGUCAAGUCCCCGCCCUACGAAGCCAUUUCCACCUUGUCCGUCAGCGGUCGUAUUCCAAGAUCGGUGGUACGGGUUUCGGAGGGGCUGGAAUCGGCGGCGGUCUGCACUCUCCUGGAGGAAGUGGGUAUGGUCUUGGUGGGAUGUCGCCAUUGUCACCUUCUUCGAGCAUGGCCAAGGGGUUUGGGAUGUCGAUGUCCGGGAUGUCGAUGCCCAUGUCACCGACGACGGCAAUGACGAUUUCGCGGAAGGCGACCAGUCUGCAAACCCAAGCGUUGGUUGGUCAGUACGGAAAUGGCAAUGUGAUAAUGAUGACCGGUUCUGGAGCAAGUAAUGGGUCAUCUCCCUACUACUACGGAGGACGACGACAGAGUGAUGUGGCAUUGUAUCAGCAGCGGAGGGGCAGCAACAGCAUGGCCGAUCUGUCAUCGACAACUAUGACACUUCCUCAAGACAAGACCUUUGGGCGAGAGCUCAUGUUGCACCAUCCAGGUGCCUGGAGUGGCCAGUAG